AUGGCGCCGCAGAGAUUGACCUAUCCUUCGGUGUUCAAGGCUUACGCUAGUCUCGGGAAAGCUCGUGAUGGGAGGCAAUUGCACGGGAGGGUUAUCAAAGAGGGACUUGAAGACGACUCGUUUGUACGGAACACGAUGCUUCAUAUGUACGCGACUUGUGGGUGUUUCGUUGAAGCUUGGGCGAUUUUCGUGGGGAUGACGGAUUUCGAUGUACAAACUACAGAGAAAGAUGAGUUUCAGAUCUUUUAACCAAACUCAUAUGGUUCUCUCUCUACCUACAGAAACAUUGGUAUUUGAUUCCAAGGGCCCCAAGAGUAGAUAUCAGAACCGGAGUUUCCAUUAGUGAGCAGGUUUUGAGGAAGACCAUGAAUGUCAUCUAAAGGACGGGAUCUUCCAUUCUGGUAGUACUGCUGGUUCUGCAUAGAGGCAGCUUCAUCAUCAUCCAUAGGAAGACGAUCAAACACAGCAUUCAUGAAAGAUGCAGCCAUUAGAACAACAGGACCAGACGCGAUUAGCCCACCGACCACUCCUCCACCAACAACCUGUCCCUGUGGCCCGGCUAAGUAAAUGGUCAGACCGGUUAUACCAAGCGGUGCUGGUGGAGGCAAGAUUGAUCCGAGCAACGACAGGAUCUCGAACCGUCCGUGUAGUGUCACAAUCGCUCCUGAUGAAGCUGGCUGCCUUAAUGUCACGUUGGUGACGCAACCAUUGGCACUUAGUAUGCAGAGUCCUCUCUGUUUCCUUCUCGCGAAAUCUGAUAACGUCUCGCAGAUGUCAUUACCGGAGCUGAUCUCAACGGCAUGAGCUCUGAGGGAAUUCGGACUGUCGUGAGUCACAAUGAUUGGUGGUUUGGGUUUGUUCUUGGAGCCAGCUGGUCUGCCUCGUGGCCGCUUAGCCAUCUCUCCUUCGAUCGAUGAAACCGGUUGGACCGCUUUGGGUAAUGCUUUCAGGUUGCUGCUGUUGUUGUUAUUGCCUCUCUCUGCUGCUUCAUGGUUCCUCAAUGGAAGUGACUUGGAUCCUACAGAGGUUGGAGUCAGAGCUGUUCCUCCAGCCAUUGUUAAUGAGAGAUGUUUAGAUUUCUACUGAGAUUUUGUGAGGAGUUUAUGGGUUUAAGUAAGGAGGAGAUUUUGGGUUGAAUUAUUAUAUGGUGGAGACACCAAAAGAAUGAUUGUGAAGAGUAGGAGAUGUUUAAGUUGUCAUCAAAAUUGUGAUUAAUAAUUAACAAAUUAGUUUUACAA